CGGUUACGUGUUGGAGGCUCAAACCCGAGGGCGGAAGACCCCGCAGUCCUCCCAGGGUCGCAGACGGCUGCUGUUUGACGGAGGGGGUGAGAGGAGGAGGAGGCGGCAGAAAUCGAUACCCGCUCCCGCGUGGAAGGAAUCAAGAAAGCAGUUAUUAGGACGAUCACGAAAGGCCUUGAUCUCCAGCCUGGGUAGGUCAACACCGCGGUUGUCUGACGCAUCCUCCUCCCUUUCCUUCUCCCAUCUUCCGUUUACUCGAUCUUCCGCGCGGAGAAGAAGAUCGACGGGGAGGAAGGAGGGAAGGCGGGGGUUUAUUGUCAAUGCGGGAGCCUGCGCUCUGACCUCUCGCUUCUCGUCCACCCUGAAGCGCCUCCUCAAUAGAUAAUCCGUGUUUCUCUUCUGACGCGGGUGGCGGGGGACCGCGGAUCUGGGCCUUCUGUUCUUAUGCAUAUGCAUUUUUCCUGUCGUUCUGGAGAGUAGGGGUUCCGGUACCUGCAAUUCUGCAAGAAGGGAAAGGAAGUGAGGAAGCGGAAGGAGGCAGAAGAAGAGGGUCUUAGACGUCGGGGCUUGUGGGGAUCAAGGAGCGGCCGCCUGCCGAGAAUCAUGUCGGACUCCGACUCGUCCCAGGGGAGCGACUAUAAGUGGUUUCGCCAAAUCAGCAAAGAAAGAUUACUAACUGAGAUGCUUGGUUCAAUCAAAGCAGGGGAACUGAAACCAACUUGGAAGGUGCUGAUAAUGGACAAAGUGACUGUCAAGAUCAUGUCUUAUGCUUGCAAGAUGGCUGAUAUUACAGAUGCUGGAAUUUCUUUGGUAGAAGACCUGUACAAGCGGAGACAACCAUUGCCAUCAAUGGAUGCUGUAUACUUUAUCCAGCCACUGAAAGAAAAUAUUGUUAGGUUUGUGUCUGACAUGUCAGGAAGAUGCCCAUUAUACAAAAAGGCACAUGUGUUCUUUAGUUCACCUGUUGCAAGAGAUCUGGUUGCGCACAUAAAAAGUGAUACAAGUGUUUUAGCUCGUAUAGCUGCAUUGAGAGAGAUGAACUUGGAAUAUUUUACUGUUGAUAAUCAGGGCUAUAUUACUGAUGAUGAGCAUGCACUUGAGGUCCUCUAUGGGGAACACAUGGAGGGUUCUCGUAAGUUUGAUGAUUGUUUGAAUGCAAUGGCCAGCCGAGUUGCCACAGUUUUUGCUUCCAUGAGGGAAUUUCCUAAUGUGAGGUACCGUGCUGCCAAGUCAUUGGAUCCAUCAACACUUACAACUCUUCAUGAUUUAAUUCCUACUAAGUUUGCUGCUGCUCUUUGGAACUUCUUAGAGAAAUACAAAUCCACCAUCCCACAUUUUCCCAAGUCAGAAACGUGUGAAUUGCUGAUUGUUGACAGAUCCGUGGAUCAGGUCGCACCUGUUAUUCAUGGGUGGACAUAUGGUGCCAUGUGUCACGAUCUGCUAAAUAUGGAAGGGAAUAAAUAUGUAUAUGAGGUUACAACUCAAGGGAAAUUGGAGAAGAAGGAGGUUCUUUUGGAAGAUCAUGACCCUAUAUGGGUUGAGCUCCGUGAUUUGCAUUUUGCAGAUGCUAGUGAACGACUGCAUGUAAAGAUGCAAAACUUUAUUUCAAAGAACAAAGCUGCUCAAAUUCGUCAUAGCUCAAGAGAUGGAAGUGAUCUGUCAACAAGAGAUCUGCAGAAGAUGGUUCAAGCUUUACCGCAGUACAGUGAGCAGAUAGACAAGCUUACUCUUCAUGUUGAUAUUGCUCAGAAACUUAAUGAGAAGAUCAGAGAAUUUGGGCUUCAAGAAGUUGGUCACUUGGAGGAGGAUCUUGUCUUUGGUCAUGCUGGGACAAAGGAGGUGAUCCAAUUUCUCAGGGUGAAGCAGGAAGCUACCCGGGAAGUCAAAUUACGCUUACUGAUGAUUUAUGCUGCUAUAUAUCCAGAAAAAUUUGAGGGAGAAAAAGGCACUAAACUAAUGCAGCUAGCAUGCCUUUCAUCUGAUGAUAUGAAGGCUGUAACAAAUAUGAGACUCCUCGGACUUCCAGAAUCAAAGAAGACCUCAGGAGGAGGUUUCUCUCUUAAGUUUGACAUUAAUAAGAAACAUGCGUUUAGGAAAGAGAAAACAAAUGAGCAAGAAACGUGGCAGUUGUCAAAGUUCUAUCCCAUGGUUGAGGAGUUGAUUAGGCAACUUAGCAAGGGUGAAUUAUCAAAGGAUGAUUUCCCAUGUAUGAACGACCCUAGUCCCACUUAUCAUGGUACUCAAAGUACACCUGUGCGUACCACACAAGGUCAGCCUGCCCAUUCCAUGAGAUCAAGGCGAGCUGCAACUUGGGCAAGGCCUCGUCAGUCUGAUGAUGGUUAUUCAAGUGACUCCAUUCUGAGGCAUGGAUCAAGUGAUUUUAAGCGGAUGGGGCAGCGGAUUUUUGUCUUUAUCAUUGGUGGAGCUACUCGUUCGGAACUACGUGCUAUCCGCAAGCUUACAAAUGAGCUCAAUCGGGAGGUGGUCCUUGGUUCGUCCAGCCUUGACGAUCCUCCGGAGUUUAUAACAAAAAUGAAACUUCUGUCUUCUCAGGAGCUUUCAUUGGAUGAUCUUCAGAUUUAAUGCAGCUGUUCAUUGGUGGAAAUUAACUUUUCAGCCUCUGGUGGAUGCGCUGCCUUGCCUUCUAUGGAUGAAAUAAAAUCUCAUUCCCAGAAUUGAAAGUGGCAGCAGGAAACUGCUUGGAAAGUAGAUCAUUUCUCAUUGAUGCAUCACAUUACACCGUCCACGUGUUGUAAUUUGGCCUGUGCUUACAAGUUAAAGGAUUUUGGCAGUUCAAUUGUGCAUUCUGUCCUUGCUGAAACCUCGUCUUUGUAUAUAGCCGGGGAAGUGGAUUUCUGUUCCCUUACGUGUUGAAAUUGGCGGUCGAUUUGGAAAAACAUUUGAUGAUAUUCUUUCUAUUUUUAAAGGCUUGCUAAUAGAAGUUAAAUUGUCUGUA